GCGCGCCCGCCGCCGCGCGAGCGAGAGACAGGGUAUUUUUGGGCCUGUUUGCUCUUGGCAAAGGCGAUGGUUUUCUGCGGGUUGAACAGGGAUACGGUUUCGGUGCGAGACACAACAUGCGAGCGGCGGCGCGCUGCGUGUGGACGCUGGUGGCUGGUGUGAUCGGGCUCCGCUGACUGACUGCUGUCCGGCGUCAAUGGCUGCGCGGCAGCCGGGCACGCGGCACCUGUGACGAGACAGCUUCCGCUGGCCGGCCGCGAGAGUGACGCCAUGCCCGCCUCCACGUCCGGUCGCGGUAUGGGUUCCAAGUGGUCUACGUGCGGCUACUAUACAAAGAACAUUCUUGUGUUUUUGGUCUCACACAUUGGACUCGUCUCGCUGGUGGUCGGAUACUGCAUCAUCGGCGCGUUCGCGUUCGAGGCACUGGAGUCUAACAACGAGCUGGAGGUGAAGAAGAAUGUGUCGCAGAUCCGUAAGAAUGUCACGUCGUCGAUUUGGUCGCUGACGCAGGAGCUGGAGGUGCUGCGCGAGAAGAACUGGACGCACAUGGUCGGCGAACGGCUGAAGGAGUUUGAAGUCAAGCUGAUCGAGGCUAUGAAGACCAAGGGGUGGGACGGCAGCGAGGAUCGCGAGCAGCAGCAGUGGACUUUUGCCGGGGCGCUCUUCUACUCCAUCGUGGUCAUCACUACCAUAGGUUACGGCCACAUCGCGCCGAAGACGGACUGGGGCAAGGUGGUGACCAUGCUGUACGCCAUCCUCGGCAUACCCCUCAUGUGCCUGUGCCUCUCCAACAUCAGCGAAGGCAUGGCGCACUCAUUCAAGGUCGUCUACUGGAAGUGCUGUUGCUAUAUAUGCACCAAGAAGCCGAAGAAGCGAAGACGUCGAAAAGGAAGACGAGGCUUCUCGUCGUCUCGGUCAAUCCGCAGAUCAGCCAAGAGCGCAGAUGGAGCGGUGAGCGAGAGCGCCUUCUCUGCCUCCUAUGGCGACCCCGCUUCGGAGCCAGAUUACAGGAUGCCCGACGAUGUGGAGCCGGUGCCGGAGGCGUACGGUCGGACGGCUGGCCUGCACGCGAGCCGCAUGGCCGACACUGGCAAGCGGUCGGCGCCCUCCGAGCGCUCCAAGUCGUCCGACGAGCUGCCGCCGCCGCGCACCGAGCUGGACCCGGCCGCGCUGCAGCGCACGCCCUUCUUCCAGAACCGGUACGCGCUGAGCGAGGUGGACGCGCUGCGGGACGAACCGAGCGUGGGCAGCGGCGGCUCAGUGAAGCUGUCGGCGGCGCGCACGGACUCGGCGUACGGCCGCUCGCUCAGCAGUCGCUCGACGCGCGGAGCCGGCCGGCCCGGCUCCGACCGGCUCAGCAAGCUGCACGAGACGUUCCCUGAGGAGGAGGACGACUCGGACGCGUACGACGCCUCCGACGACGAGGACAGCGCCGACACCAAGUCGGUACCCAUCUGGUUGUGCGUGCUGCUGGUCGUCUCGUACAUCGUCGGCGGCGCGUACCUGUUCUGGGAGCGCGAGGAGUGGACGUUCCUCGACUCGGCCUACUUCUGCUUCAUCACCCUGACCACCAUCGGGUUCGGCGACUUCGUGCCCGAGCAGAACCAGAAAGGUGGCAAGGAGGGCGAGGCAAUCGCCAUCUGCUCGCUGUACCUGCUGUUCGGCAUUGCGCUGCUCAUGAUGAGCUUCAAUCUGGUGCAGGAGGAGGUCAUCAGCUCGGUCAAGAGCGUCGCCAAGAAGCUGGGCAUCAUCAAGGACGACGAGGACGAGUAUGAUGACUACUGAGCGCCACCGGCUGGACUGCCGACGACGGUUGCGUGACGCCCGCUUCUCAGCGUAGCCCAUUGUUAGGUGGAGUGGAUUGUCUGUGUGCCGGCACGCACCUGUCUUAACGGCGCGCAGAGGUGUCAAUUUCUUUUUAUGAGGGUCUCAGUUCUCCAAAACUAAAUGCGCUCCAAUAUUGGUUGGGGUACUUCCAUAUUUUGUGCUGUAAUGCUGAGGAAAAUCGAGAAAAAGGUCAAAUGCCGCGCAAAACCCAUCUCUUUCGGGCAUUAUUGGCGUACCAUGACCAUGUUGCUCGAAUACACCUUUCAUAAGAACUGUAAAACUUCUAAAUACUCGGCAUUCACCAAAUUAAAGACAGCUAAAUCCGGUAAAAAAUAUAUUGAGAGGCUGCUGUUGGGGCCCCAGGUGGGCCACCCAAAUGGUUAAAAAAGCGACCACCUCCGCCGGCGGGUGGUGCCGGGAUCGCUUGCUGCCUCUGCCGGUGGGUAGUGCCGAGAGGCACCCGCCGCCGUCCCUGCCGGCGGGUGGUGCCGGAAGGCGCGCCCGCCGAGCUGGCCUGGACGGCGGAGCAGUACGGCACAAUUGGGCGGCUCUGGUGUCGGCAUGAGCAAGUACGCCGGGACGGCAGCCGGGGCCGCGCGCCUGCCUCCAUGGCUCGUCGAGGCGGGGCGCACCAACACGUGAAUACACCAGUUUUGCGCGA